GGGGUCAACUUUCCCACAGUCAUUUUUAUUUUUUAUUUUUUUAUAUAUGAAAUUAUUUGAUAACCCGCUCCCUUUUUAUUUUUAUUAUUUUUUUGUCUCCUCCUCCCACAAAAAAAAAAUGGCCUCAUGGGGAGCAUUACCCUUCGAGAUCUUGUACUGCAUUUUAACCCAAUUAGAUCAACUGGACUUGGGAAGUUGUUUAUAUACUUGUAGAAGUUGGCAUUUGGCCACGCAAGGGCUCAUAUACAACAGUGUCAAACUCUCUAGUCCAAAACAAUUAACUUCGUUUGCAGAUGCCAUGACCCGAUAUAACGGUCCAAGUCAAAUGGUCAAAAAGAUAACGAUUUCUUUCCCUCUUUUCACCUCGGACCGUUCUCUGGCAGAUAUCUUUCGUAGUUGUCGUUUUAUCAAGACGAUGGAUCCUGUGCAUUUCCGGAGCCCUGUGGCGGCCACUGCCUUUUAUACGACACUUAUGCAACAUCCGUGUCCUCUUCUCGAGAAUAUUCCGUUUCCAGAAGAUAACGAUACGGCCACUAUUUACGCACAGGCCGCUUGGCACUUGCGUGACAGGUUGCUACGUUUAAUGAUUUGGGAUCAUCUUCAUCACUAUGGAGACUCGUUGGUUGCAUUUCCUCGACUUAAGUAUCUGUUAUGCCAUGUCUCAGGCGACAACAUGUAUGAUACCGAUCGACUGAUUCAAACCUCGCGAUCACUACGCUCAGUGGAGAUCAAUCAACGUACGCGUAUGGAUGAGACAUGGCAUGAUGAGGAUCAUCAUGAAAGGACGCCAUGUCGUCAUAUCAAGGAAUGGAUUGGAUCAGGCCUUAUCUUACCCAGUCGACGACUACUCCUUUGGCUAAUGCAUGUAUUUCCAAACCUCGAAUGUCUUCAUAUUUUUUUUGCCAUGAACACCCUCAAAAGCCAGCUUUCGGUGGAAAAUGUUCUCACUACGGACAUUGCAGUCCAAUUUAUGUUACAUAGUUAUAGAAACAUACCCACUUUAAACUUAGAACAAAUGUACGUUUUGCAAGGCACUGAGGUGGCUGGUGGGUUUUUAAAGAAGAGCGGAUUUGAUGGAACGCUCGAAAUACGGUACGAAAACGACUACCAUCAUCCAGAACAUGUCAGUUUGACCCACACGAAAAUUUUGGUCAAAUGCGUGCAGCCGUUACACACGCCUUAUACGAUUUUACCCCAUCGCGAUCUCAUCCGGAGAUUCGGACGUCAGUUGACGGGGUUCGUGCUUGAUUUUGGUGAUGCUUAUACUCUUUACCUAGGAGACGGAGAAGUGCACCGAAACGAUGUCCAUGGUUAUUGUUUGGAUUAUGUAUUGAAGCACUGUCCUCAGCUCCAGACGUUGGAAUUGAGGAAUUUUUUGUUUUCGCAUUGCGAUAAUGAUAGUUUGCCCAUGGUUCUCUGUCGUACGCUACACACGCUUGUGUUUGAUUGUUGUGUGUUUUCGAAUACGGCAUUGGAAGAGAUCUCGAAACGUUUGCCUUAUUUAGAACAUUUAUCCAUCUUGGAUUCUGAUUUUGAAUAUGAUAGUAUAUGGGAGAUGCCCAUGUGUGAUACAGGCUUCGAUGUUUUACAUUGUAUGGAUACGGGACAUGAAGACAGUGAGGAUGAUUACCACGAAUUUCACUUGUGUCUUGAAAUGGAGCAACAGACCUUGUUCUAUUGGGGUCAUGAUAGACAAGGUGUUGUUCAAAUGGAAGAGGAUACGAUGUACCAUCAUACGUUUGAUAUGGAUGAUAAAUUAACAAUUCGGAUCGCUUGUAAAUCCAUCACUGCGUUUCAUCUGGAUAUUCCCAAUAUCAAAGCGCUUAUAAAAUACCCGGGUCAACCCAACCAACAAAUCUUUGUACAUCCUUCUGAUGCUUAUUUUUUGGAAACAUCUCCUAUUAUUUCACAAAGAAACUCAUAGAAUUCAUUCCCCCCCCCCCUCCUUCAUCCUACAAUAAACAUGUUUUUAUCCAUCUAGA